AGGACAAGGUAAUUAAAAAACAUAGAGAGAAUGGAAGGGCGCUUCGCUUUCAUUUGUGCUAUUCUAAUUUCAGUCAUAUUUUCCAUCAAAAUUAAUGUAGCAUCCGCUGCUUGGCUGAAAGCCAAUGCAACUUUUUAUGGUGAAAGUGAUGCUUCAGGAACAAUGGGUGGUGCAUGUGGUUACGGAAACCUAUACACAGAUGGUUAUGGUACAAAUACUGCAGCGUUGAGUACGGCUUUGUACAAUGAUGGCAAGUCAUGCGGUGGAUGCUAUCAGAUAGUGUGCGACGCCGCCCAAGUGCCUCAAUGGUGCCGCAAAGGCACAUAUAUCACAAUUACUGCUACAAACUUCUGUCCUCCAAACUAUGAUCUCCCAAGUGACAAUGGCGGUUGGUGCAAUCCUCCCCGGCCUCACUUUGACAUGGCUCAGCCUGCAUUUGAGUCCAUUGCCAUUUAUAAAGCUGGAAUCGUACCUAUUUUUUACAGGAAAGUUGGAUGCAAUAGAAGUGGAGGAAUUAGAUUCACCAUCAAUGGAAAGGAUUACUUUGAGCUAGUGCUAAUAUCAAAUGUAGGUGGAGCUGGAGAUAUAUCUAAUGUUUGGAUCAAAGGGUCCAAAAUGAGUGAUUGGCAAGCUAUGUCAAGAAACUGGGGUGCAAAUUGGCAGAGUUUAAGCUAUCUCAAUGGCCAGAGCUUGUCUUUCAAAAUCCAACUAAGCAAUGGAAAGACCCGCACAGCUCUUAACGUGGCACCUUCCAACUGGCAGUUUGGCCAAUCCUUUAAAAGCAACGUACAAUUCUAAAUCCAGGAUUGUUGAAAUUCGUCCAGUUUCCUUAGCGGACUUGUGAAUUUACCUUGUGUUUUUCUGUACUUUUGUUUUUGUUUUUUGAACACAGCUGUAUAUUAAAAUGCGGAGUGUUGCUUGUAGGUUGUGGCUUUUAGCAGUUUGCAAUGAAGCCCACCAAGUUGUGUAAGGUUAAUUUUUACAAGAACAAUAUAAUAUUUGUGUGAGAUUGUAAAAUCGAAUAUGUUGGUGACCUUGAGACUUUUCAAGGAUGCGUAAAUGCUUGGGUUUGAGAUCUUCAA